AAAUGUGGGAGGGGGUGGAGUCCUGUCCUGAAUCCACUCCAUUGCUUGAGGGCAGCCAUCAUAGUGUUCACUAUUGUGUGCGGCUGAGGGAAGAAGAAAAAGAGAGGAGGGCGCACAAGGGGGUAGGGGGGGGGAAAGAAAACCUGUCCCUUUGUGUGGGAAAGACUCAGCAGGAAAGUGAUUUUGGGACGAUUUGGAGUUUGUCGGCAAAACAAGGGAUCUUCCCUCUGACCGGCACGCAGUAUUUUCGGGGUCAAAUCCGAGCGCUUCGGUCGUAUUAAACCAGAGUUGGUUUCGGAUUGUGCAGCCGGCAAACAGCGACACCCCGGCCGGCUUCGCCUGAUGAUGAGAGCGGACGUCAGAGUGCUUCGCAUGAAUAUUGAUGUGGAGGAUAGUCUGUUUCAUAGAAGAACAGAAGGAGGCAAGAUGGCUGCCCUUUAGGAUUUGUUACAGGGGAGAUCCAGACGGUUCGUUGGAAUUGGUACAAAGUGGAGGGACGUGAAAGAAGGACGCAGAGAGGGCAGCCUGUGAAUGGACUCUAAGCAGGCCAGAUGGAAACAGACCAGACCAGACAUGAGACGGAAGAAAGUUCGACAUUCAAGAAAAUUGCCACGUCCUGCAACAUCUCGAGCAAACUCCAGAAUGGGGGGACCUUUUCAGAUGGAGACCCUCUUCAAAUUACUGGUGACAGAAACUGGAACAAUUACAAGGCCAGCACAGAGGCCGGCUCCAUGAAGAGACAAAAAGAAAUCUGUAAUGACCUUGGAUCAGUACAGGGCCUGUUGGAUCAGGGAUCCUUUAUGAUGAAUGGAGAGUUAAUGAAUGGAGAUUUCAAGCAUGUACUUGCUGAACAGUCAUUCCUGGCCAGCCAGUCGAAGAAAUUCAAAGUAGAUUCAGAGAUUUCUGAAUUGACAAAAAACGCAGAAUUUGAAUGCCAAACACAGGCAGAGCUCAGAUUAGGAAACAAUAAUUGUACGAUUCCUAAUGGAGACCAUUUUGCUCUGCCAAGAACUAAACAAGUCUCAACGAACGGUGCUGUACUCACAACCUCGACGAUAGAAAGUACACCGGGAGAUCUGUUAGAGAAAACAUUGUCUCAAUAUUAUCCUGAGCAAGUAUCAAUUGCCCCACAGAGGUCUGGGACACAAGAUGCUAUGAAUGGGUCUCUAACUAAUAAAGUGCCCGGUGAAGAUCUGAUGCCUUCCACUUUGACUUCAGAGUUCUCCAAUUCUGCCCAGAUGCUCAAAUUGCAACGGCGACAGACUGAGACAGGUGGUAUCCCUGAAGGAGUCGACAAUUUGGACUCCGUCAACUAUAUAGUGAACGGAUACUCCAACAAUCAUGAAACAGAUUACCGGCAGAAAAACCAGCAGCACCAACAGCAGCCGCCGUCUUUCUCUGGCCACGAAAGAGCUCUUGAUCAGCUUCCCGGUAUAGUCCGUUCAUCAAAUAUUGCCAACUCCUUGCAACAACAUAAAAAUGGCCCACGGUGCUAUCCCCAUGACAAAAAUUCUCAACAAACAUAUGAGAAUGCCAACCAGGAUUUCAAUUUCGAUUCUCUUCAGACAACUGAUGCUGUUUUGCCCAAAUAUGGGUCAUCACCCAACUCUGGAGUACAGAAUAUGGUGCAAUGCGGGAAACCCGGGUCUGGUCAUGCUCAGCAGUUUGAGAUUCAAGCGAACAAUUUCCAACAGAAUAUUGGAAACAUACAUGGAGCUGACGGCAGGGGCACUAUGGGACCCAAUCCACAGCAAAGAAUUCAGACAGCUGGAUUAGAAAAUAAUCUAGAUAACACAACACAGCAGACGGGUAACUUGUGUUCAACUCUCCAUCAGGGCAGCUGGAUGGAACAGAACCUUUCCAAGCAACAGACAAGUGGUAUGCCAUCCCAGGCGGAGCAGGAAAAGAGGGGGUUCCCUGCCAAGGCUAUGGCAGACCAACAGAGACGCAGCCUCCAGGUUCACGGUCCGAUUUCGGAGGCAAACCCGGUAAAAAGGUUCGAGUCACCUGGAAUCUUUAAAGAAACCAUUCAGGGAUUUAACAGCAUACAGGAACAACAACUCUUAGCCCACCCGCACUGUGCUUCAGCUCCUGUCAAUAACGAUUCAGAGUGGCAGCAAUCAAAUUCGAACACAAAUUUAGUGCAGCAGCCUCCACCCCAGACAAAGCACGAUCAACAGGCCGGGGGGUAUUACGUCGGUCCCAUGCAGUCAAAGCACUUAUGUGACAACCCUGAACUUCAGGACCCAUUGUCGCCUGAAUUUUUCACAACGCAGCAACAACAGCACUAUACUCUUCCACGUCCACUGUCCCACCCGCCGCAAUUUGAAGAACAACAACUUAAAUCUCCCAUAUACAAACCUCACAGUCAGCCGCAGCCAAGUCAGGUUCAACUUAACCAACAACACAAAAACAACUCUGUACAGCCCGGCAGUCACUUUACCUACAAAAACACAACAGGUAGUCAUAUACAACGUCAAAGAUCGUUUUCUCCAAACUCAGACAGCGGUGAUUCUCGGCACUAUCAACCGCAACGACCCAAUAACUGCCACCCACCGAACGAUAAGGACUCUUGUAUUUUGACGCAGUCACAGACUUAUUUGCCACAAGGUGCAGUAAACCAACAGAUACCAACACAUAUGUACCCGAAGACUGAGCACCAAUUGAAGUCAUGUUCUCAGUUGCAAAGGGGAUCUCACCCAGGAUCGCCACUUCUCCACGGAGAAAUCCAGAAGCAUGAAGCUCUACGGAUGCAUCUGUUACAAAGGCAGGAGAGACAAGUCUCUUCCCAUUCUACACAAAACACCCGAGAUAGCAAACAUGGCCUCCCUAAUAUAAAAAUUGAAAACGAACCCAGGUUUAAUUUGCCUAGCUCACAGCAGCAACUGGGUAGAUUGCAAAUCAAGCAGGAGACUCAACAGUCUGUGUGUGAGAAUACAAGGCAGAACAACAUCCUGGCCUCCAUGGAACAAAGUCUAAAACAGUACCAACUAUCCCCUGUGUUUGAAAAGAAAUCAUUUGUCAUUAAUUCAAAUAAAGUCAAAGUGGAAUCUUCUGGGCCCGUCACAAUCCUGUCAACCAACACUGACCUGUGUAAAGUGGAAGCAUCUGGAGUUGCUAUGUCCAUGACAGCUUUAAAAAGAACACCUGAUUCCACGCCCACGAAAGAGCAACUCCUACAGAGAUUCAUGGAUUCUCCGAUGAAGCUAUUGGACACCCCAGUAAAAAGUCUACUCGAUACGCCGAUUAAAACACAAUAUGACAUUGCAUCUUGCCACUGCGUUGAGCAAAUCAGUGAGAAGGAUGAGGGCCCGUACUAUACUCAUCUGGGAUCGGCACCUACCGUUGCCGGUAUACGAGAGGAGAUGGUGAGAAGGUCGGGUUUAAAUGGUGGCGCCAUCAGAAUAGAGAAAGUCGUGUAUACUGGCAAGGAAGGAAAAAGCACACAGGGGUGCCCGAUUGCCAAAUGGGUGAUCCGCCGAGCCAGUGCAGACGAAAAGCUACUGGUGUUGGUUCGAGAACGCACUGGACACAAAUGUGAGACAGCCUGCAUAAUUGUGGCUAUCCUGGUCUGGGAGGGUAUCCAACCCAGCCUAGCUGACAAACUCUACCUCGAGCUAAGUGAAACGCUAACGAAGUACGGAGCCCUCACCCAAAGACGAUGUGCUCUCAACGAAGAGAGGACCUGUGCAUGCCAGGGAUUAAAUCCAGAUGCUUGUGGAGCAUCAUUCUCCUUCGGAUGCUCAUGGAGCAUGUACUACAAUGGCUGCAAAUUUGCCAGAAGUAAAAUUCCAAGAAAAUUUAAACUUCAAGGAGAUGAUGUCAGAGAGGAAGAGAGACUGGAGCAAAACCUUCAACGUCUGGCCACCUUACUGGGCCCCUUGUAUAAAAAUAUGGCACCUGAAGCUCAUGGAAACCAGGUGGAACAUGAACACAGAGCACCUGAUUGCCGUUUGGGGUUAAAAGAGGGGCGUCCCUUCUCUGGGGUUACUGCUUGUCUGGACUUCUGUGCUCAUGCUCAUAGGGACCUUCACAACAUGCAAGGGGGCAGCACUGUGGUAUGCACGUUAACAAGGGAAGACAAUAGAGAGAUUGGAAAGAUACCAGAAGAUGAGCAGCUCCAUGUCCUACCACUGUAUAAGGUUGCCAAAACGGAUGAAUAUGGCAGCGAGGAGGGUCAGCAGGAAAAAAUCAAAUCGGGUGCUAUUCAAGCCCUCAGUGCCUUCCGCCGCCAGGUGCGCAUGCUCUCAGAGCCCGCAAAGUCUUGUCGGCAAAAAAAGCUGGAUGCUAAGAAAGCGGCAGCUAUCAAGAAUACCAUGUUAGACAACUCUCAUGAUAAGUCAGAGAAAGUUACCCCGUCGAAAACAAAACCUGGGACUUGUGAAAACAUCACUCUAAGCACACCUGUGCAAGGUGCUAUAGGGGCCUCUCAUCAUCCAGAUCAACCAAUGGAACCCCUUGGAGCUCAUUCUUUGCAACCGCAGCAUCAACAGCACGGAAACAUUCUUACCUCUUAUCCCGGUGCACCGAACGCUGCCAAAUAUCCCAGGUUUCCUGGUUAUCCAGGAUCAUUUCCAAGCACUUCAAAGCCAGGGAGCAUGUUUCAUCAUCAACCCUCAACACCAGCAAACCAUUACCCUUCCCCGGUCCAUGCACCCAACUCGUUCAUUGAUGGAUCUAAACAAUCAUACCCGGUCUAUCAGUGCAACGGCGGCAUGCCUCUUGAUAACUACCAUCCGUACUAUGCUUCGAACCAAAAGCAACUGGAGAUGUAUCAACAACAACAACGGCAAGUGUUGUACUCUGAGCAGCAGUACGCAGCGCAUCAGCGUUAUGAACUCAAUUAUCCGCAGAAUUACGCAGAUCAUGGUUUACAAGUCAAUGGCUAUAACACAUGCAGCAUGAGGCCAGUUCACCCCAUGAGAGCCUUCAGUCCCUGUAGUCCGAACGGGGUCACUGACGCUCAUUUCAUGGACCCCCUUUCGAGAGCGCCUUCUGCCCACAGACUUCGAGAAUAUACAGCUGCCGGGAGUAACGGCAAUCAGUUUGGAUCGCCAAAUCCAUACUUUGGGAGUCCUCAAAUGUUCCCCCCAGGCCAACGACCAUUCCAUAUGCAAGUUAAACAGGAAAUGGGUAUUCCUAACCCAAAGAUGUUUGGUGCUCACUUAAGUGGUGCGUGUUUAAACCCAGAAACACAGACGGGAUUGGGUCUGCUCAACGGUAGCCCCAUGGUGACUGGUAUUAAACAAGAGCCUGGAACCCCACAGAGACCCACAACCCCACCAAAGCCGCCAGAAAUUUGGUCAGAUAAUGAGCACAACUUCUUAGACCCUGAUAUCGGUGGAGUGGCAGUGGCACCAAGUCACGGCUCAGUCCUCAUUGAAUGCGCUAAACGGGAGUUGCAUGCCACCACGCCUCUGAAAAAUCCUGACCGUCAUCACCCAACACGCAUAUCCUUGGUCUUCUACCAGCACAAAAAUUUGAACGAGGCUAAGCAUGGUCUGGCCAUGUGGGAAGCAAAGAUGGCUGAAAAGGCUCGAGAAAAGGAAGAAGACGCAGAGAGGAAUGGUGGUGAGGGCACGCCAGGGAAGAGCAACAAGAGGGGGACAAAGCGCGAGCAUCCAGAGAUGUCAGAAUCUCUUGGGGAGCCUCCUUAUAAGCGUUUUAUCAAGGCACUCAUUGAGGGAUCGUCAUCGUGUACAACCAACACCUACGUCAGUACAUCUCCGUAUGCCUUCACUAAGGUCACAGGACCUUAUAGUCACUUUGCUUAAAAUACCCUCAAGAAAAUAAAAAAUGAAGGUGCUUUAUUUAUGCUAUGACCAACUGCAGCACUGGCCUCGUACAAACACUCCUAACCGGUUCAGGUGUUUUAUAUUUUUAACAGCUGAGCUUUACUUGUUGACCCUGCUAUGGAUGUAUUUAUUUUUGUGUUGCAACUUUUGCAAGAUACACACUGUUAAAACAUCUGGUGCUUCUCAAUUGUACACACAGACCUACUUUGAUUUUUUUGAUUUUUACUGGAAACAAAGCUUUGGUGGUUUUAUUCUAUAGUUUGAAUACUUCAACAUGGCAUUGAAUGCCAACUUUGAAAAUGACAACUACAAGGUGCUAAUCAUGUAUUUUUAAAAUGUAUUGCUACAACAAAUGAAAUGAUUUAACAGGAAAUUAUGGAAGGAAAAAAAAAAUUGAAAUCGCUAGCAUCAAAAGUUGAUGUGCGUCAGUGUAUCUUGAGCACUUUGAUUAUAAAAACUAUGCGAAAACAAAAUUACACGUAACAAUGAAUCAAUGUAAUAAUUUGCGCGCACCCUUAAAGUAAAACAACACAAUAUUUUUGUUUCGAAUUCCUGCAAAAAAGGAAAAAAAAACAAUCUUCAGAACAUAUUGAGUUGGAGCUUCUUUGGCUAUUACACAUUGAGCCGUUCAAAUGGUGCUAUUUUAAACAUUUUAAAGAUGGAGAAACAAAAAAAAGCUUUUUAUCAUCCAAGGUUUUCCAGUUUAACUGUCAGCAAAAGUGUUCCUUUCGGCAAGUUCGUUGAACCGACCUGAAGUGUGAAACUUAAGUGUAGUUUUACGUCUGUGGUGCUUAGCUGAUGUUGCUUUUUAUACACUGAGGAGGAGCAUGGGACAGGGUAAGCUUGGUGUCACUUUUCAGAGGGCAGCUGGCUUGCUGUGGCUUCAUUCUUGUAAUCUAACUGUAAAAUAAAUAGGUGAGAUGUGUACAGUAAGUUAAAUUCCCUUUUUGGAAUUACUGUUAUAAAUUGUGUUUGAUGUAAAGAAUGCGCAAAGCCUAUGUCAUUGUUUUUCUUUGUGUUCCGAUGGAUUUUGUUUCAUGGGGUGCUCUUGAACCUGUUAAAACAUACAAUGUGAGACUCUUUAGGCGGUGAGAGGAAGGCUGUUAAAUAUUGUAAAGUACCAACCAGUCAUAUACCUCAAAACCAUUUUGGCAAUAGGAGAAAAAAAAAAAAAAAAAAAAAAACAUAUUUCUUUGUUUUAAAUAUUUUUGGGUUACAGUUUAACUGCAUGCCACCUAAAAGGCGGAAAAGUUCAUUUCUUACUUUCAUACCUACCUGCAAGAAAAUUUGAAUUGUUAAUGUUACUGUAAAAUCAGGGACAUUUAAAAAGAAAAUGUACAUUAUUUCCUGUAUUUGUUUUGUCUUUUUCCUCAUUCAGGGAUGUGCCGUUGUAUUUUGUGUUCCGGUUCAUCUUUUCUAAAAUACGUCACACAGAUUUUUAGUGAGGGGGGGGGAGGGGGAAGGUUCCUGCAUUUUUAUUUUAUUUUUUUUAGCUAGUAGGAUGGGUUUUUUUUUUCUCAAAUGAACACAACGUAUAUGCACUGAUGUGACUAAAGGGAAAGUAUGAUAGUGAAUAAAUUAAGAGCAAUUUAUUUGCUUUUGCUACGAGGCAAAAUCAAGGCAGUGAUUAUCGUCUUUGUGCCUGUGUAUAGUUCAAUUUAUUUAUAACCACUAAGCAAUUGUAUGAUUUUUCCUCUUUAUUUUUUAAUUAAUGUGAUGUAUAAUGGAAUGACUGUAACAUUAUAGUAACAAUUCACCCACUCUUAUAACAAAUUCAUUUUCUGAAAGCACUUCAAAUUUUUUUCAGAAAAAAAAAUGUAUAUGUAAUAAAGUACAAAAGGUUUUAUUUAAAACAGGGUGUAAAUGGAUUUGUCACAUUGUACAGAGAAUAUCAAGAAUGAUUUUUUUGUUUUUUUAGAACUUGAAGUGAAAAUUGGUUCUUCGAGGCAAACUGACCCACAAAUGAUCGAAUUACAAAGAAUCAAUUUCACAGGUCUCUUAAGGAGUACACUCAAUCUCAUCGUAAUGUUUACUGUUAGCGAGACAAAUAUUUAAAUUUAUAUUUUUGAGUUUGUAGAAAUCCAGUGAUGUGUUCAUUGUACAGAGCCCAGCAACAGUAGCAGGUUGUGGUGAGGUGAUUUAAGAGAUUUAGCAGGUGGAAAAAAAAAAAAAAUGCAGAGCCAUACUUGAAGCUGAGUCAGCAAGGCUUGAAUGACUUUCCGGGUAUAACCAGAGUACUGCACGUACUCAAACAACUCGAAGUUCUUUUUUUUUUUUUUUUCUUCUUUUGCAGGCGGACACUAAAACUUAUUUCCUGUUUUAUUUCUCAAGGCUUCUCUUGUUCUGAAAAUUGGUAUGCUCCAUAAAAUUGGAUUAAAAAUAGGUAUGAAACUAAGUAUUGUAAUGUACUGAAUGCAGUUUAUUUCAAAGCUGUUAUUAUAUCAUUGCUGAUAUUGCCAAGGUGUGGGUGGUUUUUUUCCCUCUAAUAAAUCUAUAUUUAUUUAAAGCUGACUUGACUUGUAGUAAAAAAAAAAAAAACAGUUUUACCAUUCUAAAUACAUCCCUAGUUUCAAAUGUUUGUGUAUGCUCCUUUCAUGGUUACAUCCACAU